UCCGGAAGGACCUCAUCAGUGCCAUGAAACUUCCAGAUUCUUACCACAUUAAUCCUGACAACUAUUACCUCUUUGCUGAUACAUGGAAGGAAGAAUGGGAAAAGGGAGUCCAGGUACCAGCCAGUCCAGACACUGUUCCACAGCCUUCCCUCAGGAUUAUAGCUGAGAAAGUAAAGGAGGUUCUAGUCAUCCGGCCCCAAAAGUACAUCCACUGCUCUGGCCCAGAACCCACGGAGCCUGGAUACAUCAACAUCCUGGAGCUGGCAGCAUCUGUGUGCCGCUAUGACCUAGAUGACAUGGAUAUCUUCUGGCUCCAGGAACUCAACGAAGACCUUGCAGAAAUGGGUUGUGGGCCAGUUGAUGAGAAUCUUAUGGAAAAGACAGUAGAAGUCCUGGAACGCCAUAGCCAUGAAAAUAUGAACCAUGCUAUUGAGAGAGAGGAAGGGCUAGGCAUAGAGUAUGAUGAAAAUGUGAUCUGUGAUGUGUGCCAAUCUCCAGACAGUGAAGAAGGGAAUGAUAUGGUGUUCUGUGAUAAGUGUAACGUCUGUGUGCAUCAGGCUUGCUACGGCAUCCUCAAGGUCCCAGAAGGCAGCUGGUUGUGUCGCUCCUGUGUCCUGGGCAUUCAUCCGCAAUGUCUCUUAUGUCCAAAGAGAGGUGGUGCCAUGAAAACUACCAGGACAGGGACUAAAUGGGCCCAUGUCAGCUGUGCCCUGUGGAUUCCAGAGGUCAGCAUUGCUUGUCCUGCGAGGAUGGAACCAAUCACAAAGGUUUCCCACAUCCCACCAAGUCGGUGGGCCUUAGUCUGCAGCCUGUGCAAGUUAAAGACAGGGGCAUGUAUUCAGUGCUCCAUAAAAAGCUGCAUCACUGCCUUCUGUGUCACCUGUGCCUUUGAGCAUAGCCUAGAGAUGAAGACUAUCCUGGAUGAGGGGGAUGAAGUGAAGUUCAAGUCAUUCUGCCUCAAGCACAGCCAAAACAAGCAGAAGCCCCUGGCGGAGACCAACUACCCCUCACAUAGGGCUGCAGAGCCAAGCCAGGGCAAAGGGGAAAAGACCAGCCUGCGGGCACAGAAGCUUCAGGAGCUGGAAGAGGAAUUCUAUUCCUUGGUCAGUAUGGAAGAUGUGGCCACAGAGCUGGGGCUGCCCACACUGGCCGUGGAUUUUAUCUACAACUACUGGAAAUUGAAGCGGAAAAGUAAUUUCAGUAAACCAUUAUUUCCUCCAAAAGAAGAUGAAGAAAAUGGCCUGGUACAACCAAAAGAGGAAAGCAUUCACACCCGUAUGAGGAUGUUUAUGCACCUGCCGCAGGACCUGGAGAGGGUCUGCAACCUGUGCUACAUGAUAAGCAGGCAAGAGAAGCUGAAACUAUCACACAGCAAAAUACAUGAAGAGAUACUCAGUUUGCAAGUCCAGCUUGUUAACCAGGAAAUUGCUGCAGGACUUCCUUUGACAAAUGCACUAGAAAACUCACUGUUUUACCCACCACCAAGAAUUACCUUAAAGUUAAAAAUGCCCGGAUCAGCCAUGGAAGACUGCAAAAACAGCUCCACCGAGCCCCAUCACGGACCCCUCUCUUCUGACAGCAGCUCCCCCGUUGUCAAUAAAAGGAGCAUGCAGGUGCCUCAAGAGUCGCUAGAAAUGAGAGUGAAAUCGUACCCGAGGCAUCCACUAGAGAUCAAGAAUAACUGUUUGCUGGCCAGUCUCAGCCAUUCUAGGAGUGAAGCAAAGGAUCCCAGUGCUGCUUGGAGAACUCCAUCUCCAGAAUUCUAUCAUGAACAGUCACUAGGAAAACCUCUGGUCCUUCAGGCUGCCCUGCAUGGACAUUCUUCCAUUGGGAAUGGAAAAAUUCAGCCUCACUCCAAGUUUCCCAAAUCCAAUGGCCUGGAGGGCAGUAGGUCUGGGGAUGUCACCCAAAAAGACAGCUCAAGUGAGAUGUUCUGUGACCAAGGGCCUGUACUCAGCUCCCACUUGGCCAGUCAGAGCAGCUUUAGAAAAUCUACCAUGGAACACUUCAGCAGGUCCUUUAAGGAGGCCACCAACAGAUGGGUGAGGACCACAGAGGACCUCCAUUGCUAUGCGAAGCCAGCCAAGAAUAUUAACCCCAGGGAGCAGUUCUGGGGUAAGCAGUUUCUCAGGAGUUCUGCAGGGAGAGCUCCGUAUCAGGAAAAUGAUGGGUAUUGCCCAGAUCUGGAGCCGAGUGAUUCAGAAGCAGAAAGCGAUGGAAAUAAGGAGAAAAUCAGGCUAAGGAGAGACAACUCAGGUAGGGAAAAUCCUCCCCAUGACUCCAGACGGGAUUGCCACAGUAAAAACAAGACUCAUAUGCUUUCCCACAGUUCAAUGCAAAGGUGAUUAGAAACUUCUAAAGAUAACCCAACCUUUGCCUUUGCCCCAUAUACUGGGGAAAACCUAUACACCAAAAGGAUUGUAGCGUAUGUUGGGAGGAAUUGCAGUGAAAAGAAUGAAAUUUUUUUGCAUUAAAUUGGCUUGCAGGUUUUGCAAAAGUUUCCUGUCUAGUCAUCACAAGUACAUUACAGAAAUUGCAAAUUGUUUGGAGGAUUUUUUGUCAGAAACUUUUGGGAACAGCUAGGCCCAGAGUAAUUGCUUAAUAAGUACUUUGGGGAAGUUUUCCGGUUAUAUUAACACAUUGAUGAGCACAUAUAUUAAGAGUCCUUGCAAUUUUAAUGAGAUUUGCAAAGGAGCGUGAUUAAUCAGACACUAAAACUACUUAUCUUUUGAACCUACAGCAUGUGACUCCCAGAGCUCCUGUCUGUAGGAAGUUGCUAAUUUCAUGGUAUCUGUACACCCUCUUCAGGGAGAUACCAGGAGACCAACAUCUCAGAUGCUAUCAA